UGUCCCCGCAGGAUCAAAUUUCAGCGUUAAAGCUGGGGACUGGCUUCGCGGUCCCUGAUUGGGAGAGCAUGAAUAGGUGCGACCCUCUUUUGGCCGGUGUACCCCGGGACCCUGAAUACUCUGUGUCCUACCUGCCCUCACCUUCCUCACCCUCCGUGUGUUUGCCUGCUAACGGGAAGUGUGAUAAGUACUGGGGCUCUGCCUCAGACAAGACUUUGCACUAUACAACUCACUGGUCCAGGACCUCAGAGACAGAGACAGCGGAACCUGCUGCUUCCGAGGACACAGUGAAAAGUGUAGACUGGAGGACAGGGUGGGGCUCGGGGCCUCAGCCACAAGGGACUCCCUCAUUUUCCAACCCGGAUCUGCCAAAGGAACGCUGUAACGACCAGGACCUUUUGAAGAGGCUUCACAGCAUAGCUAAGAAGCCUGUGGAGGCCAGCUCUUCCAAAGUCAAAGCUAAAUCCAUUAUGGUGGUUUCCGACUCCCAGAAACUUCUGCGGUGUGAACUGGAAUCCCUUAAGAGCCAGCUACAGGCCCAGACCAAGGCUUUUGAGUUCCUGAACCACUCAGUGACCAUGUUGGAGAAGGAAAGCUGCCUGCAGCAAAUCAAGAUUCAGCAUCUUGAAGAAGUGCUGAGCCCCACAGGACGGAAGGGAGAGAAGGACGGACCCAGGUGGAGUAUGGAGCAGGGCCGGCAGGAGCUGUAUGGGGCCCUGGCCCAGGGCCUGGAGGGGCUGCAGAAGACCCUGCGUGACAGUGAGGAGCUGCAGCGGGUCCGCACCACACGCUGUCUGCAGCUCCUGGCCCAGGAGAUCCAGGACUGCAAGAAGUUCCUGUGGGAGGAGUUGGAACUGGUGCGGGAGGACGUGAACUUCAUGUACAAGAAACUACAGCUACAGGAGGGUGAGAUUUCAGAGAACCUGGUGAACAUCCAGAAGAUGCAGAAGACACAGGUGAAGUGCCGAAAGAUCCUUACCAAGAUGAAGCAGCAGAGUUGUGAGACACCUACCUGCCUUGAGAGUGAGGAGAUGCUGCCAGGAGGCAGUGGGUGCUGGAAGGAUGAACUCCAAAAGGAACUGAGUGACAUAUGGGCUGCUGUGCACGCGCUGCAGGACUCCAUCGACAGCCUCACCAUGUGCUCCAGGGCCCGUCCCAGGGACUCAAGCCUCAAGGGCUGCAAGGAGCAGUGGUAUGUGAGGUCUCCACUCCAUUCCUGGGACUCAGACUCGGACUCAGACCAAGACCUUUUCCAGCCACCUUUCAGCAAGAGUCGCUCCUUCCCACCAGCCUGAGCAGCUGGGACUGCUCUCCCUGAAGACCCUUCCAGAGAGAAAAUAAAAUAGCCGAGACCCUCCUCUA